UGCUUUCAUGCACUGCAUCACUUCACUCUCUCUCUCUCUCUCUCUGUGUGACAUGGAGACACUUCUUUCAUCAUCAGCGUUGGCGCUUCCAUGUCUCAAAACCUCUAAAUGCCGCCGCACCGCCAUGCUUCGCGUUAGGGCCUCUGUAGCCAUUGACCAACACACUCACCAGACCACCUCCAACCUCGCACUCCUCAGAAUUGGAACCAGAGGAAGUCCACUGGCUCUAGCUCAGGCAUAUGAGACCAGAGACAAACUCAUGUCAUCACAUCCGGAGCUAGCGGAAGAAGGAGCCAUUCAGAUUGUAGUAAUUAAGACAACUGGUGACAAAAUACUAUCACAACCGCUUGCAGACAUAGGUGGGAAGGGCCUGUUUACCAAAGAAAUAGAUGAGGCACUGAUAAGCGGCGACAUUGACAUUGCUGUCCACUCAAUGAAAGAUGUUCCUACUUAUUUACCUGAUAAAACAAUUUUGCCUUGCAACCUUCCACGUGAGGAUGUAAGAGAUGCAUUUAUAUCAUUGAGUGCAAGUUCACUAGCCGAUCUACCUGCUGGAAGUGUUGUUGGUACUGCUUCACUCAGACGAAAGUCGCAGAUACUCCAUAGGUAUCCAUCUCUUAGUGUUCAGGAUAACUUCCGCGGCAAUGUCCAAACAAGGCUGAGAAAACUCAGUGAGGGUGUUGUCCAAGCUACACUAUUGGCAGUUGCUGGACUCAAACGAUUAAAUAUGACAGAAAAUGUGACUUCAACCCUAUCAAUUGAUGACAUGCUUCCAGCAGUUGCCCAAGGCGCAAUCGGAAUAGCCUGUAGAAGUGACGAUGACAAAAUGGCCGAAUACCUUGCUUCGCUGAAUCAUGAAGAAACAAGGCUAGCAGUUUCAUGUGAAAGAGCCUUCCUUGAGACUCUAGAUGGAUCUUGCCGCACUCCUAUAGCAGGUUAUGCUUGCAGAAACGAAGAUGGAAAUUGCUUGUUUAGAGGACUAGUUGCUUCACCAGAUGGAACCCGUGUGCUUGAAACAUCAAGGAUUGGUGCAUAUGCUGUUGAAGAUAUGAUGAAGAUGGGUAAGGAUGCUGGGGAGGAGCUUCUUUCUAGAGCUGGACCUGGCUUUUUCAGUAGUUAGGUAUCUAUAUUAACAGGGUUAUAGGGUGUGUAGGUAAGAUAGGUUGCAUUGGCCAGCCUUUUCUCUAAGGUGGCUUCAUCCAAGGUUUAAGGUUAUUUAUUUGACCCGUUUAGUUGUAAAGAUUUGAGAAGUGAGCCUCUAACGAGGGUCGUGUUGUGACUUGUGUCUCGUGUAUUUUCACGAGAUUGGAAAAAGCCAAAUUUUGUAAUGAGGAUUGUGUGGAAGCAAGAAUAUCAAAUAUUACAAUAAUUCA